AUCUUUUCUCUUAUCUUCUUGAACAUUGUAAGCAUUGUUAUUUUCAAGCUUGGGUCUGGAGAUAUUGUAGAUCUCUUUUUAUUUUCUGAUUUUUUUUUCCUUUUGGUUUUCAUUUAUGUUGUCUUGUCUCCUUCUGUGCCAGACAUCUAUUUGAAAAAUUAUUUGUAGAAAUGAUUUAGGGACUAGAAUGAUGUUAUCAUCCUCUGUCAGGCACUUGAGAGCACUGAAAAUCUGGGAUCACUUCCAUCCAUUUUUAGGGCUUGAGAAGAUUUGAAACUGAGCUACAGUACCUGUAAGUGCCUGCAUCUUGAUUUGCCCUUAUUUAUAUCGUGGUAUCCUUUGGGGUUCCAUCCCAAAGGAAAAAACUUUAGUUAGGGGCCCAUCAUGACGGGGCUUGUACUUCAAAACCUGUUCCCCAUCUCUACAAGGCUGUCAGUAGUGCUACUCAGGCUCUCGGUGGCCGCCUCCAGAAAAUGCAAAUUCCCCAAUUGAAAAGUGUCCUCAAGUACUGGUCUUACCUCUCUAGGUCCCCAGCUUUCCCAGAAUCAUGAUCUUGUAACUCCUUAUUGUCUUAUUCUCUCUCCAAUGCUUUACAUAUAUGUUUUAUAUAUUUUGUCCAGUUUUUCUAAUUGUCAUUUGCAGGACAGUUGGUCCAAAUUACCUUACUUGUUCUUACUGUAAGCCAAAGUUAAAUAUUGAUGUCUGUUACUUUUUUCCUAGCACACCAUAGAGAUGCUCCAAUUGCUGGAGUUAUUCUUGAAUUGGUCAGUAGGGCAAGGAUUUUUCCCUGGCUGCCCAGACACUUUUCAGAGAAUGCUGGAAGUUGGCCUUCUGAGUUCCUGCAGAUGACAGAGCAGAUGCACCAUGGUAGGAUUCAAUCAGACCUCAUCUAUGAUAGGUUUCAUUCUCCUGGGACUCUCUGCCCACCCAAAACUAGAGAAAACCUUCUUUGUGCUCAUCCUGAUGAUGUACUUGGUGAUCCUACUGGGAAAUGGUGUCCUCAUCCUGGUGACCAUGCUUGACUGCCGCCUACACACGCCCAUGUAUUUCUUCCUGGGGAACCUCUCCUUCCUGGACAUCUGCUACACAACUGCUGCAGUCCCCCUCAUUCUUGAGAGUUUUCUCGCUCCCAGGAAAGCCAUCUCUUUUUCAGCCUGUUUUGGGCAGAUGUUUCUCUCCUUUGCCAUGGGAGCCACAGAGUGUGUACUCCUGAGCAUGAUGGCAUUUGAUCGAUAUGUGGCCAUCUGCAAACCCCUUAGAUACCCUGUGGUCAUGAGCAAGGCUGCCUAUGUGCCUAUGGCUUCUGGUUCAUGGGCAGCUGGUAUCAUCAACUCUGUAGUACAGACUGUUCAGGCAAUGCGGCUGCCCUUCUGUGGGGACAAUGUUAUCAACCACUUUACCUGUGAGAUCCUGGCUGUCCUGAGGUUGGCCUGUGCUGACAUCUCCAUCAAUGUGAUCAGCAUGGUUGUGGCCAACAUGAUCUUCCUUGCAAUCCCAGUUCUCUUCAUUUUUGUCUCGUAUGUCUUUAUCCUUGCCACUAUCCUGAGGAUCCCCUCAGCAGAGGGGAAGAAAAAGUCAUUCUCCACCUGCUCUGCCCACCUCACAGUUGUAGUUGUUUUCUAUGGGACCAUCCUCUUCAUGUAUGGGAAGCCCAAGUCUAAGGACCCACUGGGGACAGACAAGCAGGACGUUUCAGACAAGCUCAUCUCCCUCUUCUAUGGGGUGGUGACCCCCAUGCUCAACCCCAUCAUCUACAGCCUGAGAAACAAGGAUGUGAAGGCUGCUCUGAGGAACCUGGUGGCUCAAAAACACUUUAACUGAGUGUCACAGAUUGCUGGAACACAUGACCUACAAACUCCUUGUUGUACUACAAUGUGGAGAAAUGGUAACCCAGAGAAGUCCAUAGGCUGACAAUGGAAAGAACCUCUCCAUUUCUGGGACUGCUCUGUUAGUUUGUUGGCUUCACACAGAACCAUACCGUAUCAUACCUUAGCUACAUUUUGCUGCCCAAAUCUUAAAUCCUCUGAUACCAGAAUUUAAUGAAUA